UUGAGGGUGAUGGACGAGUCUGGGACUUUUCCACAUCAAUAUGAUUCAGUGAAUGUCACUGCCCAUUGACCAGUCUGUGGGCCUCCUCACUUAGGCACGUGUCCUCAGCUCUUGAAGGAUUGCAAUGUACUACACCAGAGAAUACAGAGAGGAUAAACACUGCAGGUAGAUCCUGACCAGCACCCAAGGAACAACUGCACAACUGUGUGAAGACAUCCAGACCCAACACAGAGGAGGUUGGGCAGUGAAACUAUCAUCUGGAAAUCGGUCAGGUCGGGGAGGGGGGGCUUUGACUCAUCAUCAGAUCUGAAACUGGUCAGUGGUGUGGAGCCUUCCAUCAGAACCAACCUUUCUGAAGGUUUGGCUAUGGGUGAUGGGUCAGGGUGAGGCUGGGAAGAAGUGUGAGUGGCUCCAAGUGUGGUGAGAGCUUCAAUCAUUCAUCGAGUCUCAUGAACCACUGACUGAUUCUUACACAUGAGAGACUGUUCAAGUUUGAGUUGGGCCCAUCAUGUCAGAUGACAUGUGAAGUGCAUCUAUUGAUCUUCCAUAUGGAGGAGAAUCCAGUCAAGUCUGGGCUGUGUGAUCAAGAUUUCCCGGAUUCCUCAAAUUUUCACAUGCACCAGAGCAAUCACACUGUGGAGAAGCCAUUCACAUGUAAGGAAUGCAAUCACUCAUUUGUAUUCUCAUCGAGUCUUCACAAACACCAAUUCAUUCACACACGGGAGAAACUCUUCACAUGCGAGGUGUGCAACAAAUCAUUCUCACACUCAAUGAAUUUCCACGUACAUCAACGCAUUCAUACAGGGGAAAAACCCUUCAAGUGUGAGGUGUGUGAGAAAUCCUUCUCACAGUUAUCAAAUCUCCGCAGACAUCAACGUAUUCACACUGGGGAAAAACCCUUCAAGUGCAAGGUGUGUAACAAAUCCUUUUCACAGUUAUCGAAUCUUCACAUACACCAACAUAGUCACACAGGGGACAAACCAUUCACAUGUGAGGUAUGUAACAAGUCAUUCUCAUCUUUCGUGACCCUCCAUGUGCACCAACGCAUUCACACAGGAGAGAAACCAUUCAUCUGUGAGGUGUGUGAUAAAGCUUUCACACAGUUAUCACACCUGCUGGUCCAUCAGACAAUCCACACAGGAGAAAAACCCUUCAAAUGUGAGGUUUGCGAUAAAGCUUUCACAACAUCGACCAGGCUUCUGAUGCACCAGAGUGUUCACACAGGAGAGAAACCCUUCCAAUGUGAGGUGUGCAAUAAAUCCUUCUCAAAGUCAUCCAAUCUCUAUGCACAUCAACGGAUUCACACAGGAGAGAAACCAUUCACGUGUGAUGUGUGUGACAAAUCAUUCUCAGAGUCAUCAACACUCCGCAUACAUCAACGUAUUCACACAGGGGAGAAACCUUUCACGUGUGACAUAUGUAACAAAUCAUUCUCUCGCUCCUCAAAACUUCGUUCCCACCAACUUGUUCACACAGGGGAGAAGCCGUUUACAUGCGAGGUGUGUGACAAAUCAUUCUCACACUCAGUGAGUCUCCGUGUACAUCACCGCAUUCACACAGGGGAGAAGCCAUUCGUGUGUGGAGUGUGUAACAAAGCCUUCGCGUAUUCAUCAAGCCUCCUAGUUCAUCAAACAGUCCAUACAGGGGAGAAACCCUUCAAAUGUGAGGUUUGUGAUAAACGUUUCACACAGUCUACAAGCCUCCUGAGACAUCAGAGAGUCCACACAGGGGAGAAACCCUACAGGUAUGAAUUUACUGAAGAGGCUUCCAACCAGUCCUCUCCUGAGGCACCAAAGGUUUCACAAAGAGCACAGUUUAUUCAAGUGCAUCUGUUGAACAGACAGAUGGAAAAGAAACCAUUUAAAUGUGAGGUUUGUAACCAAGACUUCACAAGGUCAUCGACGCUCGUGAAACACCGCCGUGUGCACACUGGGGAGAAACCUUUCACAUGUGAGGUGUGCAAAAAAUCAUUUACGCAAUCAUCAAAUCUCCAUAAUCACCGUCGCAUUCACACUGGGGAGAAACCAUUCACCUGCGAGGUGUGUGAUAAGUCCUUCUCUGAGUCAUCACACCUCCGUGUUCACCGACGUAUCCAUACAGGGGAGAAACCUUUCACAUGUCAGGUGUGUAACAAAUCAUUCUCAGAUUCAUCGACAUUCCGCAGACACCAACGUAUCCAUACAGGGGAGAAACCAUUCACAUGUGGUGUGUGCCACAAAUCUUUUUCGUAUCUCUCGACACUCCGUGUACACCAACGCAUUCACACAGGGGAUAAAGCAUUCACCUGUGAGGUGUGCAACAAAUCAUUUUCUCAGUCAUCGAAUCUGCACACACACCAACACACUCACACAGGCAAGAGGCCAUUCACAUGCAAGGUAUGUGACAAGACAUUCUCAACAUUAUCAAACCUUCGGGAACAUCAACGCAUUCACACAGGAGAGAAACCAUUCACCUGCGGGGUGUGUGGUAAGCCAUUCUCGCAGCUAUCAAACUUCCUCAUACAUGAACGCAUUCACACAGGAGAAAAACCAUUCAAAUGUGAGAUGUGUGACAAAGCCUUCACACGCUUAUCAAGCCUCUUGGUCCAUCAGAAGAUCCAUACACCAGACAAACCCUUCAAAUGUUUCGUCUGUGAUAAAGCUUUUGUGACGUCCACAAGGCUGCUGACUCACCAGAGGAUCCACACAGGAGAGUGACCCACAAAGUCGACAUGUACAAUUGAGUCUUCAAAUACUAAAUGAAUCUGCUCCUCUUUCACACACACCCACAUAUAAACUGUUCACAUGCAGUGUUUCUGAUAAGGUUUUAAAUCUCCUGAUGUAGUAGAGGAUCUGUACCAGUGAAAACCAUUCAGGUGUGAGGUGUGUGAGAAAUCUUGCGCAUGUUGUGGCCAUGAUACAAGAGAAGCCCUAUCAGUCCAAGUUCUGUGUUGAAGCUGUUACUCAGUUAUUGGACCUUCUGGAACAUCAAUGCAUCCACGUAGGAGACAAACUCUUCCAGUGUGACAUGUGCCAGGAUUGUUUCACCUACUCCCUUAUCAGACAUCAGCGUCUCCACGUGGACUUGGUGCCAGGUCACCCUCUUCUGUUGCCCUGAGAGCUGCCAUUGCAAAGCACUGUCUGUCUCAGCAGUGUCUAUCUCAAACCUCUCCCACCAUCAGUCCAGUUGUUUUAAGGAGCACCAAACCUCACCAAAUGAAGGCAUCAGAAUAUAUAUGUAGAAACUCCUGCUUGUGCACAGAUAUCACUGUGAGUCUGAGAGGGUUUCCUCAGGUACAGAAAGUGGGUGAUUCAGGAGAAUGUGUGUCUGAAUUAUCCGUGCUGUGGAUGUUGUAGAAGUUGCCACAACCUACCCCUGAGAAGAUAUGUUACAUUGCUCCAUUCUGAGAGUCUGCUAUGUUGCAGCUUAAAAAAAGACAAAUUUAAUUUGGCUCUGUACCUUCAAUAAUAUUUCAUAAUAUUGAAUUUCCUCUCAAUGCAACAUGUUAUGAAAGUGCAUCAUUUAAUGGUUUUUGUGAACUUGAGUUGAAAGAUUGUGGAGACACCUAUAUUAACCUUUCAAAACAAAACCAAAGAAAAUUUAUGUUAGAACUUUGUCUUCAAGCAAGAUAUUUCUUAGAAACCACGUUGAUCUAGAACUGCACUUGGUUGCCUGAACUCAUUUUAGGGAAAACUCCUUCAGGUCUUGAUUUUAUGAUUGUUCUGUUUAAGUAGUGUUUGCAGACUUGAUGCUUGGAAUUUUAUUUGGAAAAAGUCUGCUGCAGAAGAAACAGUCCAAUUUGUGUCUCCUCUUUCUGAAGUACCUUUGUGAGUUCAGGGGUGAAAGCUAAUUCUUCUUCUGGCAGAGUGACAGAAACAACAUUGAGAUGUUUGAUUUCCUCAGUAAGUUGUGUCUGCCAGAUUGACAGGCAUCAGAAUAGUCUACACGUUAUUCUGAUUUAUCUGAAUGAAUCACCAGAGCAGAAAAUGUCUUUCAUUAAAGUGAAUGUCUGCAGUUUCUUCCCUUUGCUUGAAAAAUGAGUGUGUGUGUGUGUGUGUGUGUGUGUGUGUGAGAGAGAGAGAGUGUGUGUGUGUGUGUGUGUGUGUGUGUCUUUAUGUUGGUUAGAGGGAUAACAUUUUGUAUAUUCACAUUAAAAACUGUGGGUGUUUAACCCAUUCUCUAUCCCCAUUGAAUAGGUUUAAUUUUAUAAUGAAUGAAUGAUGCUAUGAUUAUUCAUAAAACUUGGAUGAUGGGUCUUCACAUUCAAUGCUUAGCAUCAAGAAAGCUUAGGAUUGUCUGUAUUGAGAAUCUUUUUAUCAAAUUGUGACUCUGGAGGAGAAGAACAAGAGCAACAUUGCACUGUUCUCAUUGUAAUCAUAACGAAGGUAAUUCAGAAAUUACCUUUCUGUUGGUUUAUGGAUCUUGCAAUAUUCUGGGAAAUUCCAAAUCCCUUAUGUCGUGAACAUCUAAACAAACGAACACUGAACUUUAAUCAAAUAUGUGAACAGAUUUUGACAUUGUUAUCUGAUAUUGUUGCUAGUCA